UCAAAUUCAGAAGCGUAAAACAAUUCUGCCUGGUCUUUUUCAUAUAAGGAGUAAAACAUGUAUAACUCUGCAGUGUGCACACUGUGUAAUGAAUAAGUAGACGUUGAGAAUACGGCCUGAGAAUAAAGUGCUCUUUUAAAUGCUGAGUGAUCCCGUGCUCUUGCAGCCUCUUGUGAUCCACUGCUCCUCAGGUGAUGUAUCUCCAAUACUGUAUGCCUCCUUUGUUUCAGUCAUGCAUUUUCAGGCAGUCAGAUGACCGCUUAUGCUGCGCAUCAUCACUAUAUUUCUGUUUUCUCCUUUUACCUCAGUGUAUUGAGGGGAUCAUUGGCGGUGUGGAUUACAGCCAGAACAAAGUCAACCAGUGGACGGCCACCAUAGUGGAGCAUUCCCUCACUCAGCUCGUCAAGCAGGGGAAGCCUUUCAAAUACAUCGUGAAUUGUGCCGUCAUGCAGAAGAGUGGCGCUGGUCUCCACACAGCCAGCUCCUGCUACUGGGACACAACAACUGACGGCAGCUGUACAGUGAGGUGGGAGAACCGCACCAUGUACUGUGUGGUCAGCGUGUUCGCCGUGGCCGUGAACCUUUAACCGACCACCCCCCACCCCUCCACUCUGGACCCAGCUUACCACCCAACAAGCCCCCCUGCCUGGCGAGCGACUGAGAGAUCAACACAUGCACUCAUAGACAGACAGACACAAGGGGAGCAAUACACCAUCGCUCCUCAACAGUCUACUUGUUCAGCUGAACAAUGAAUGUGACUGGUGGCAUUCCACAGACUGACGCGCAGAGCGACCCUCCCCCUCCCCCUCUCCUCUUGUCAAGAAGAUGUCAUUUCUACUUGUGCAUUCGUGGCAACUGAUCGUCCGGUUACAUGAUAUUUGCGGCAGCGCUUCGCCUUUCAUGCUAGUGUACAGUAACCAUAAGCAGUUGUUAUUAUAAUUAUUAUUACCACGGAGAUGUGUUUGGGGAGAUGGUUUGUUUUUUUUUGGAAGUUGUGCAGACUUCUUUGCUUAGCACAUUAUGCGAUGGCCAAUAUGUAUAUGACUUUAAUGGGUUUGUUCUACUUCAUGUGUAGCUUGUGUUGUUGAUGAUUUAAGAUACAGGUUUAGAUGCAGUGAUGAGAUAUAAGUCUAAUUUAUAUUGGCCUCUUAUUCUUUUAUGCAAACGCCAUGUUUAAACCUUUGGGAGUACAUACAUUAACCACACAUAAUUAUGAACAAAGUGCAAACAAUUUUAUUAGUAAAAAAUUGGCAAUGGACCACAAAACAACAUAUUUUACUGCACCAAUCCUUGCCCUGUGUUUUGUCCCUUCGGAAAUGUGUGUAUGUAUGUAUGUAUGUAUGUAUGUAUGUAACUGGCAAUUGAUUGGAGUUCGUGUUUUAGUUUGUAAACAAACACAUCAUGUCAGACUCAGUUCAAGUGACCAUACAGUAUGUAAAAUAAAAAAAAUCAAGAUCUUUA